UUGAGUUUGCUAGAAUUAAUUGCAAGAAACUUCUCUGUCUAGAUGUUCCGACAAGGUGGAACUCAUGUUAUUUGAUGCUAGAUGCUGCUGAAAAGUAUCAAGCAGCAUUUGAGAAAAUGGAAGGUGAAGAUUUUAGCUAUUUGGAAUUUUUUGGAUUAGUUGGGCCCCCUACUCUUAAUGAUUGGGAGAAUGUUAGGUGUCUAGUAAGUUUUUUCAAAAUUUUCUAUGAUGCUACUAUGGAAUUUUCUUCGUCAAAACAAGUAUCCCUUCAUAAGUCAUUCCACCAACUAGCUUCAAUACAUUGUGAGCUUAAAAGAUCAUCCAUGAACUUGAACACAAUUUUAGCCUCAAUGGGAUAUGAAAUGAAGAAGAAGUAUGACAAAUAUUGGGGGGAAAUUGAAAACAUCAACAAGUUUAUUUAUUUUGGCGUGAUUCUUGACCCUAGAUACAAGUUAGGAUAUGUAGAGUGGUGUUUUAAUGAUAUGUAUAAUGGUGAGUCGGUGCCUUUUACUAAUAUGAUUAAUGUGAUAAAAAAGGAGUUGUUUAAACUAUUCAAUUGGUACAAGGGUAUACAUGAAAAGCAACAUGGACCCUCUACUAGUCCUAAUGAGGGUGGUUCAUUUGGUGAUGGUGUUCCUAAUGUUGAAGUUCCAUCUCAUUUUGCAAGGGUUGAAGCUUUUAAAGAGCACCUUAAACAAAAAGAUUCAAUAGAUAAAAAAAAUGAUCUUGAGAGGUAUCUAGAUGAUAAUUGUGCCGAUGAUUUUAACUUUGACAUCCUUAUGUGGUGGAAACAAAACUCUUGUAGAUACCCUAUUUUAUCAAAAAUGGUGAAGGAUGUUUUAGCUAGUCCAGUAUCCACUGUCGCUUCUGAAAGCACGUUUAGUACCGGGGGCAGAAUUCUAGACACAUAUAGAAGUUCACUAACCCCUGAAAUGGCAGAGGCUUUGAUUUGUGCACAGGACUGGUUGAAACCUACACUUAGUCAAUUCAAGGACUUGAAUAUAAAUGAAGAAUUUGAGUUGUCUGCCACUAUUGUUUCAGAAUUUGGUGGUCCCUCUACUAGUGGAUCAACAUCUGGUGAUGGAUCUAAUGCUGUUGGAAACAGAAAUGAACCAGUUGCUGGUUCAUCUCAAUCACAUACUUGAUGAUGUUUGUUUUUUGGAGUCAUUUGUGAAAAUGACCUUAUUUUGGGCUACUGAUUAUUUUGAUGAUGUUUGUUUUUUGGAGUCAUUUGUGAAAAUGACCUUAUUUUGGGCUACUGAUUAUUAUGGAUAAUCAGCUUAUCUAUCAGCUAAUAUCCUCAACAGUUAUUUUUUUUGUGAUAAUAUAUCAACCAAUAGUCCUGAAGAGGUUUUUGAUGCUUUGAAGAAUCAGACUGUGGAUCUGGUUUUAACUGCUCAUCCUACGCAGUCGGUUCGUCGAUCUUUGCUGCAAAAGCAUGGAAGGUUAUCACAGAAGAGCGCGGCAUAACUUACAGACACAAGACCAGACUCCACAUUGGACAAUUGGUGAAGGAUACGUCGGAUAAACUUAAACAAGCUAGUGAAAUUGAUCAUCAUGUUGAUGUUAAUCCUGUAUUCAGUGCUUCUGUUUUAGUUGAGAUGAUGGAACCUGAUGGGUCUUCAACAAUUUCGGUGAUGAGUGGAGAAGGAGAAUCUUUGUCAGCUCAAUUGGCUCAUGAGGUUAUGGCUAUUCAGCUUGCUGUUUUUCUAGCAUCCACAUGUCAUAUUCUGCUGGUGGUGUCGGAGGGAGUCCAUGAUGACAAGUUGUGGCAUUUGAUGUCAACGCUGUAAGCUGCAAAGUCUAAGUCUAUUGACCAAAUUCAAUAUUAAAUUUGAGUGAGAAAGCACUAAGAAGUAGACAGUUCAACCGGUUAAACCGUGACUCCGUGAUCUGAGUGUCAUCACUCAAUUGUAGGUGGCAAACAAACAUGUCCAUUCCGUCAAAGUCCGUUAAAAAAUAGGACCGGGCGGGUAAAGUAAAGGAGAAGGAUUAAAAACUUCUAAGA